AUGCAUACAAUCCUUGACAUCCAAUGUUCAGGUCCCAGUGCAAUUAGAUUCAUUCAGGGGCCAUCAUCUUUUAACCUGUCUGAAUCAUACAUUCAUAUUAUGAAAAUUAGCCAUAGGAAAAUUCCCAACUCAACACAGACUUAUCCCAACUACUUGGAAGUAGCUACGUCAAUCUUGUUCUUACAUUGUACACUAUUAAAGUCAAUAUUUUCUGUUAAAGCACAAACUGAGGAUAUCAAAAACAAAUCUUGGGGAAAAAACUAUAUUGAUAUUUUUUGGAAAAGACUUGUUUUUUUUAUGGUUCCAACAAUGGUGUGCUUUACUGUAGAGGGUUUUGAACUGUAUGACAUGGAUGAGAUGAUGACCCAAAAUUGGUACCAAAAAAGAAAGCAAAGUUGUAUACUGAACAAACAUAUGUAG